CGCCAAUCGGCCUUAGCGCAUGGGCAUUGAUCGAAUAGACGUACUCCAAUGAGGCUUAUAACACCCGCAGCGCUGCUGCUCGCAGCUGCGGCCGCAUUUCAGGGCGCGCCGCCACAACAGUUGGCGCCAUUGGCGGUGCCACCAGCUGUGGGCAGUCAGGCAUGCGAGACGAACGCGCGGAGGCGCACCCGACGGCGUGGCGUGCUCGACGAUCUCGCGGCGACGGCGCAGGACCUGCUGAGCAAGGUUUCGCCCGCUCCCGCGGCCUACAACGCGUCGCGCGUCAAGCCGGGCAAUAUCGUGCGAUGCGGCGCCAAGGCACAGAACCAGUCGCGCGUCAAAGGCUGGACGACGAACAAGCCCUCGGUGCCCGGCUUUGUUAUUUCGUCGACAGGGUGCGGGAACGACUUCAACAACUACCGGACGGCGAAGUUACGCGGCGACAACGAGCGAGCCGUCUCCAUUCUCACGACGGACGUCCUCGGGGCCCUGAACGGCGAGGGCUGGCCCGUGCGAGUCGGCGAUUUGGGCGAGAACCUCUUCGUGGACGGCAUGCGCUACGACGUGUUUGCCAUCGGCCGUCGCGACGCGGCGUUGGUGGACCUUUCAACUUGCGGAUGUCGCGGCCACGACGCCUUCACGCCAUCCGACACAGGCCGGUUUCUGUUCGGAAAGACGGCAAUUCUAGAAAUUACGGAACCGAUCGCCCCGUGCGCCUACCUCUGCACGCUGCCCUACCUUACGCCGAAGUGGCGGUGCGCGGACUUCAUCCGGACGCUCGACCGACGGAGAGGCUGGUACGCCAAGGUCGUCGCGACGGGGCCCGUGGCCGUCGGCGACGCGGUCGUCGCGCUGUAAGAGUGUUCCGAG